AUGGCCAGGCAAAGGCCCUCCACCAGCCGCCAGGACCCUUUCGAGGAUUAUUCCAUUUCCCCCGCAGGAGCUGCUGCCACCUCUUCUGCCCUGAGAACCACUCGCUCCUCCGCGAGACUUGCAACAGACCCUCCCCCCGCCGCUGACUCCGGCUCUUCGUCACAUCCGGCCGCUGGUUCGGCUUCCUCCCGGAAACGCAAGGCUUCGUCACGCCGGGAUCGACAAUCGGACGCCCCAAAUCAGCCAACCACCUCGUCGCCUCCUCGAAGAUCGAAAAGACAGCGCACCUCAGCGCCUCACGCCGUCCCGUCUGCUGGGCCAACCGCCGCUGCUCCCCGACGAGCUGCCCGUGGCCACACAGCUAUGUCACAACCGGGACCGUCUUCUCGACCCUCGGAGGAAUCAAAGUCGACGACAUCUCCGCCACCCUCGAGGCGGAGAUCCAGCCGGAAUGACCGAGUUGCAGCGACGCAAUCCCCGCCUCCCCGGCGACAGAAGAAGCGUGUCGCAAAGACGAACGCCGAUGUUUUCAUGCGGGAUGCGGAGGAGUUGGAGGAGGAAGAUACCAAGGAAGAGCGGGAGGGGUCUCCAACAGGUGAUAGCAACGAUGGGACCAACCCGUCCACCUUCGAUGAUGAAGACUUGGACCCGUUCCACAGCAGUCUUUUUGGAGGCCGAGGCCCCAUGGGGCUGCAAAGUACGCUCCGUGCACUCAGUGGUAUGAUGUCGGGCAUGUCUUCGCGACUUCGAGAUAUUCUCUGUAAUCUGCGGGCAAAGGAUGACCCUUCGCUCCAAUUGAUUGCUCUCCAAGAGCUAUCAGACCUCCUGCUCGUGUCAAACGAGGACAACUUGUCCGGCCAGUUCUCUCCCGACCCAUACGUCAAGGAACUGGUCGCCUUAAUGCAACCGAACCAGUUUGGCGAAGAGAACCCGGAAAUAAUGCUGCUUGCUUGCCGCUGCUUGGCUAAUUUGAUGGAGGCCCUUCGUGGCUCCGUGGCCAACGUGGUCUACGGUGGUGCUGUUCCCAUCCUGUGCCAAAAGCUCUUGGACAUUCAGUUUAUCGAUCUUGCAGAACAGGCCUUAAGUACUCUCGCGAAGAUUUCUGUCGACUUCCCCGCUUCCAUCGUGCGAGAAGGCGGCUUAACGGCAUGUUUGACCUACCUUGACUUCUUCCCGACAAGUACUCAACGCACAGCUGUAACUACUGCGGCAAACUGCUGCCGCAAUCUGCCACACGACUCGUUUCCAGUUGUCCGCGAUGUCAUGCCUACUCUUCUGAAUGUUCUUUCUAGUAAUGACCCCAAAGUGGUUGAACAGGGCUGUCUCUGUGUCUCCCGUAUCGUGGAGAGCUUCAAGUAUCGCCCUGAGAAUUUGGAAGCGUUGAUCGAACCUGCCAUGCUUAAGGCCGUUCUCCGUCUGCUCCUGCCCGGCACCACCAACCUCAUCGGCCCACAUAUCCACACCCAAUUUCUUCGGGUGUUGGCAAUCGUAUCCAAGGCCAGUCCUCGUCUGUCAAUUGAGCUGCUCAAGAUGGAUGUGGUAGAUACCCUUUACCACAUUCUGACUGGUAUCUCGCCACCUGAGGACACGGAUAGCACCGCUGUGAAGAUGGAUAGUGUGUUGGUCAUGCAGGCGUUAAUUCACCGGCCACGUGAGCAAGUAUUUGAGACUCUGAACGUUAUUUGCGAGCUUCUUCCUGGCGUUCCAAACCGUGAGGCAUCUCGCACAGAUAGCAUGCUGAGCUCCUAUUUUGACAACAGCAUGUCAAUCGGCCUGAAGUCCUCCAAGUCUAAGGAAGGCACUGAAGAAAGACGUACCUUGCUCGAUGAUUGCCGGCCUGAGCUCAAACGUUUCGCAAUGAUUUUGUUCCCAACCUUGACGGAUGCAUACUCGAGUACAGUCAACCUGAAUGUCCGCCAGAAGGUCUUGAUUGCCCAGCUGAAGAUGUUGCACAUCCUCGAGCCGAGUUUGAUAGAGGAUGCCCUUCAAACAGUUCCUUAUGCAUCAUUCCUUGCAGCUAUUCUCUCACAGAAGGACCAUGCUUCGCUUGUAUCGCUAGCAUUGCGAUGCUCCGAAUUGCUAUUCCAGCGUCUUGAGCAUGUUUACCAGCAACAGUUCCAUCGGGAGGGUGUUAUCUCGGAAAUCGUCAAACUGGCUGAGGCACCCCUUUCUAACGACAAGGAGGGGGCCGAAACGUCAGAAAAUGUUACCGACAAACCCUCCACCGAUACAUCCCAUAAUGAGGCAAGCAAGAGCACUCAGAAAGAGGAGAAGGACCCCGCGGACGAGGAUGACGAGGACGGCGAUGACUACGAUGAUCAAGAUGACGAGGUUGAUGAAGAAAACGAAGACGACUCCGAUUCAGACAGCUCCUCUAUCGACGGUCGGUUGUCAGUCGCCAAAAUGGAGAACGCGCUUAACGACAUGGUCAUCCGGGAUGCCCAUGCCUUCCUCAAGAUCUACGAAGCAGGCCAAGGUGGCGCUGUGCGCACUGAAGCUGUUCGGAUCUUGACAGAGCUGCAGUCUUUGGCAGGCAAGAUUCGAGAUUGUUAUUCCACUCCUGUCGCGGGUGAUGGUCUUUCUCUCUUCAAGAGGUUGGCAUCCUACUUCGACGGUGACGCGCUCAAGAGUAUCACCAGCUCAGAAUUGCUUAAUUCUGGCAUCAUCCAAGUCCUCCUAGACGUUCUGGGCGACCUCAAAGCCCCGUCUAUUCGUCAAGCUCGAUCGGCCUUCCUGCAAGCCUUCAUGGGUGCAACUAUCUCAGAAAAGGCCCAAAGCCAAAGUACCGCAACCACCCCUUUCAGCGUUAUUAUUCGAAAGCUGCAAGAUUUGCUUAGCCGGACUGAGCACUUCGAGGUUCUCACCGUUAGUCAUAACUCGCUGGAGAAUACCCGUAGCAAUGCUGCAUAUAUGCUUGGAAAGCAACUUCGACUGAAAUUGGUGGCCGAGGAUGGAAAUGAAGUUCCUCGACCAUAUCGAAACAUCAUGGUCUCGAUUCAUGCCAUCGCAACUUUCAAGGCGCUCGAUGACUUCCUCCAACCGCGAAUCGCCAUGUCCGAACGUCCUCACCAGGCUCGAGAUAGGGACACUAUUCUCUCUCAGAUCGCGAACGCAGCCCGCCUCCGCGACCAACUGACGUCCGGGAACCCACCCCGUCUACCCGGUGGCCUCCCUGGUCGAUUGACAGGCGCAGAUGGAAAUGGAAAUGACUCUCCCGAUGAGGAACAUGGAAGGUCGUCCACUCAACGACACCGACGCAUGCCGCUGCAAGAAGAUGAAGAUGACCAUGACGACGAGCCCCUGGAGUGUGCCGACGAGAGACAACUCAGCGAUGAAGACGAUGAAGAUGAAGAAGCUGAUGAUGGUGAAGAGGACGACGAGUUGAAUGCCAUUGUUGAUGAUCUCGAUGACGACCUCGACGAUGAGCCUAUUCAUGACCCGACUGCAGUGAACAUGGAAGUUGGGUCUUCAGGCAAAGUAACGGCCCGGAAGGAGGACGGCACCCGCGUUGGUACUCCGUCCCAAUCUACGCCGGCGUCCAAGCCCUCAUCCUCUGUACCAAACACUACAUCGUCCGCCCUUGCAGCUCAUAGCUCACUUGCCACUGCUGGGCGCCCAUUCUCCUCAUACGCAGCUGCGAUGGCCUCUAUUCCUCAGGACUGGCACAUUGAGUUCUGCGUGGACGGCAAGCCUGUUUCCAGCGAAACGACUGUCUACCGUGCGGUGCAUCACAAUCGUGAGCACGUAGAUGAGGCCAGCGCCAAGAACGUUUGGUCUGCCGUCCAUACCAUCACGUUCAAGCGUGUCCCUGGACCGCCACCACCAGAGCCGUCCACUCUUGCCAAUGCUGGACAGGAUAUGUCUUCCGAGGAAGACAGCCUCGAGAUGCCUAAGAGUCUGAACAAGGACUCCACAACAGCAUCGAUUCUCCGCUUGCUUCGUGUCAUGCACGAAAUGAACGCCACCAUCGAUGACAUCUUGACCGAGACUCGUGCCACCGCCAACAUUACUCCCGAACCCUUGGCUCAAUUCAUCAAUACGAAGCUCACCGCCAAGGUGAACCGUCAGCUUGAGGAGCCUCUGAUCGUGGCAAGCAGUUGCCUUCCUAGCUGGAGUGAAGACCUGGCUCGUUUGUUUUCAUUCCUUUUUCCCUUCGAGACUCGGCAUCUGUUCCUUCAGUCGACCGCGUUUGGUUAUUCUCGGGCCAUGAUGAGAUGGCACAAUUCACAAAGCUCGGAGGACAGCCGCCGUGAUAUGCGCCGGGAUGACCGACCGUUCCUUGGUCGGCUGCAGCGCCAGAAGGUGCGCAUUUCGCGGGCUCGCAUCUUGGAUUCUGCCAUGAAGGUAAUGGAGCUUUAUGGAUCUUCUCCCAGUGUUCUGGAAGUUGAGUAUUUCGAGGAAGUUGGAACCGGUCUGGGUCCUACUCUUGAAUUCUACUCAACUGUCUCUAAGGAAUUCUCCAAGAAGAAACUCAAGAUCUGGAGGGAAACAGAUGACACGUCGGGUGCUGAAUAUGCAUUUGGCAAACGAGGGAUGUUCCCGGCUCCGAUGAGCGAGGAGCAAGCAUCUCAAGACUCUGGCAAGAAACAAUUGAAUCUUUUCAAGAUUCUUGGAAAGUUUGUGGCACGCUCUAUGCUCGACUCUCGGAUCAUCGAUAUCUCGUUCAACCCGGCCUUCUUCCGCAUUGCCGAUACUUUGUCUUCCGUCCCCCCGUCGUUGGGUACCGUCAAGGCAGUUGAUGAAGACCUUGCCAAGUCCCUUGUCAUGCUAAAGCGAUUCGUCAAGGCCAAGCACAGCAUUGAAGAGGACAGUACCAUCUCCGCCCACGAGAAGGCUCGGGCAAUCCAGAACAUUAUUGUGGAUAAUGUCCGCGUUGAAGACUUGAGUCUGGACUUCACGUUGCCUGGCUACCCAGCUAUUGACCUUAUCCCGGAUGGUUCCAACGUUUCACUCACUAUUGAUAACGUGGAUCAAUACGUGGAGCGAGUCAUUGACAUGACCUUGGGCAGCGGUGUUCGUCGCCAAGUGGAUGCCUUCCGAUCCGGGUUCUCCCAGGUGUUCCCUUACUCCGCUCUCCGCGCUUUCACCCCCAAUGAACUCGUGAUGCUUUUCGGGCAGGCCGAGGAAGAUUGGUCUAUCGAGACUCUUACGGACUCCAUCAAGGCCGACCAUGGAUUCAACAUGGACAGCAGGAGCGUCCGCAACUUGCUACAGACCAUGAGCGAGCUGGACAAGCAGGAGCGACGUGAUUUCCUUCAAUUCGUUACGGGUAGCCCGAAGCUUCCAAUUGGCGGUUUCAAAAGCCUCACCCCAAUAUUUACAGUCGUGUGCCGCCCCAGCGAGCCUCCCUACACACCAGAUGACUAUCUCCCAAGUGUCAUGACCUGCGUGAACUACCUCAAGUUGCCGGACUACAGCAGCCUGGACUUCCUGAAGGAACGACUAUCAGUCGCUAUCAAGGAAGGUCAAGGGGCAUUCCAUCUGUCCUAG